AUGCAGAUUCCAUUGCUUCGGCUGCAGUGCGGCGUCAACAGCUACGAUUGGGGCAAGGUCGGCCAAGAGUCGGCAGCAGCCCGCUAUGCGGCCACGACGGCGGCCCCGGAUUUUGCGAUUGAGGCUGAGAAGCCCUAUGCGGAGCUCUGGAUGGGCACUCACCCCUCUCUACCUUCCAAGGACGUCGAGACCCAGCGGACACUUCUCGAUCUCGUUCAAGAUAACCAGGCGUUGAUGUCAACGGCAAUCACUGAACGCUAUGGCGGACGGCUACCAUUCCUCUUCAAGGUGCUCUCCAUUCGCAAGGCCCUGAGCAUUCAGGCCCACCCCAACAAGAAGCUGGCCGAGCAGCUCCAUGCUCGAGACCCGCGCAACUACCCUGAUGAUAACCACAAGCCCGAGAUGACCAUUGCCAUUACGCCGUUUGAAGGUCUUUGCGGCUUCCGCCCCUUGGCCGAGAUCACCCACUUCCUCCAGGCUAUUGAGCCCCUUCGCAAGCUUGUCGGCUCUCGCGCCGCCAGCGACUUUGAAGAGAUUGUCAAGGGCAACGAGGAGUCGGAUAAUGAGGCGGUUGUGCAGCGGAACAAGGAUGCGCUUCGCUCAUUGUUCACCACGCUGAUGGAGUCUACAUCGGAGAAUAUUGAGGCUGCUUCAAAAGAGCUUGUUUCUCUGGCAGAAAACUCGCCUGCUAGCUUUGGCACCCUGCCUGGCGAAGUUGCGACCAACCCUACCAACCCGGAUGAGUUGGCUGCCAUUAUCCGUCGACUGGAUGGACAAUUCCCCAACGACAUUGGCUCGUUCGUCUUCUUCUUCCUCAACUUCAUCAAGCUGUCCCCCGGUGAGGCCAUGUUCUUGAAGGCCGACGACAUUCACGCCUAUGUCUCGGGAGAUAUCAUCGAGUGCAUGGCCUCGUCUGAUAACGUCGUCCGCGCUGGCUUCACACCAAAGUUCAAGGACGUCGAUACUCUGACCAAGAUGUUGACGUACUCAUAUGCCCCGAUCGAGGAGCAGAAGCUCGCGCCCACCGACUAUCCAUAUGCUAUCCUCAACGCGACCGCGUACUCGAGCGCUUCCUCUUGCAUGCUGUACGACCCUCCAAUUGAGGAGUUCAGCGUUGUCAAGACGGAUUUGAACCGCACGGGCGCCAAGGUGACCUUUGACCCAGCGGAUGGUCCCAGCAUUAUCAUCUGCACUGGUGGCAAGGGCCGGAUUACCGUCGGUAACAAGACCGAGGAGGUCAAGGAGGGCUACGUUUUCUUCGUUGGAGCUACUGCCGAGUGCAUUAUUGAGAACACUGGCAGUGGAGAGGGUGACGAUGAUGUUUUCACGACGUACAAGGCAUUCUGCGAGCUGACUGGUAAGGAGGAUAUGGUCAAUGGACACUAG